AUGGCCACUGAAGAUCAACCCAAAAUCAAGCUAUACUGGCUUGAAAAAUCUAGGGCCCAGUCUAUCCUCUGGCUGUUCGAAGAGCUGAAAUUGAACUAUGAGCUCGAGCUCUUCCACCGGAACAAGGACAACAUGCUCGCUCCACCCGAACUCAAGCAGGUCCACGCCCUUGGCAAAAGCCCCGUCGUCACAGUGACCCCAGCUGGAUCCGAAAAGCCCAUCGUCUUGGCCGAGACGGGGUUCAUCGCCCAGUAUAUGAGCGAGCACUUCGCCGAAGGUACCAACCUCGUGCCGACGCGAUACAAAGCCGGUCAGGAAGGCAAGAGUGGCGGCGAGACGGAGGCGUGGCUGCGCUGGCAGUAUUUUCUUCAUUACAAUGAGGGAUCCCUUGUGUCCCUACUGAUGAUGGCUAUGGUCCUGGGCGCGCUGAAGGGCCCAAAAGUACCGUUUUUCAUCCGCCCCAUCACGGCAAUGGUCUCGAACCAAAUCAUUUCCAUGAUGAUCUUCCCGAACGCGAAGGCCCACCUGGGCUUCCUCGAGAACCAGCUUGCGACUUCGGGGGGUGAUUACCUAUGCGGAGAUCACCUUACGACGGCGGAUAUUGUCUUGAGCUUUGCCCUGAUCAACGCCAAGGACAGCUUCAAAGGCUUUGGCAACUGGGGGAAGCCGCUUGACCAGUUGUAUCCCAAGUUGUGGGCAUGGAUCGAUAGGAUGGAGGCUGAGCCUGGAUAUCAGAGGUCGGUUAAGAAGAUCAAGGAUAUUGAUGACAGCUUUGGGAUUAAGUUCCCGUAA